UCAUUGCUGGGCACUGACUGGCAGCAAUGCUAGGCAUUGACUGGCGCAACUUCUGGGCACUGACUGACACAACUGACACUGACUGGUGGAACUGACUGGCAGCACUGCUGAGCUGCACUGAUGAGCACUGGUGGGUGGCACUGGUGGGCACAGGUGGGUGGCCACAGGUGGGCACAGGUGGGUGGCACUUCUGGGCACAGGUGGGUGGCCACAGGUGGGUGGCACUUCUGGGCACAGGUGGGCGCACUGCUGGGCACAGGUGGGCGCACUGCUGGGCACAGGUGGGCGGAACUGGUGGGUGGCACUGCUGGGCACCGAUCAUCAGUGCCCUGAUGAUCGGUGCCGAUCCCCGCUCUGACAACUGCCGGUUCUCGGCAGUACUUGCCUCAUGCUCUGACAGCGUGAGGAAAGUGCAGCCGAGAACCGGCAAUUGCAU